AUGCUGCCACAAGCCAAGGACUACGGGGGCUGCCAGAAGCUGAAAGAGGAACUCUCCAAGCUGGGCCUGGGGAGUGACAUGCAGGUAGAGCUGCGGAUUCUUCAGCUGCCGGUGGAUUACAGGGAAGUGAAGCAGAGGGUCGCCAGAAUCUGGGAAGAUCUUCGACCGCAAUUCGUUGUGCAUGUGGGCGUGGACCCCGCGGCCAAGGCCAUCUUUCUGGAGCAGUGCAGCAAGAACCGAGGCUACCGGGACGCCGACAUCCGGGGCUUCCGGCCCGAGUGUGGCGUGUGCCUUCCGGAUGGCCCAGAAGUGAUUGCGUCAGAGGUCAGCAUGAAGGCGGUCAGCCGGCGGGCGGCAGUGCAGGGCGUGGAGGUGGCCUUUUCCCGAGACGCGGGUAGGUAUGUCUGCGAUUACGCCUACUACCUGUCUUUGCAUCAUGGAAAUGGGUGCGCAGCGCUCAUCCACGUUCCUCAGUUAUCUCCUUGGCUGCCCGCCAGCCUGCUGGGAAAAGCCCUGCAAGUCAUCAUCCAGGAAAUGCUGGAGGAGAUUGAGAAGGCUCGGGCUCCAAACCUGGUUCACAGGAAACUCAGCCUUUGCAGUUCCAGCCAGGGAGAACCAACUGGGGGACUGCUCCUUUAG